AUGAGAGUCUUUAUCCAGAGUCUCGUUGCACUCAGCCUUGCUAGCACUAUCAGUGCUCAGCUUGAGGUGGUCAAUGUAUGCCCAGGCCCCAAGAACCAACAGCUUUGCUGCAGCAAUUGUUUCGGCGGCACCUGUAUCUUUAACCAAGUCUGUGGUCCCACUGAGGUGACAUGGUGUUGCAAUGUGGCAAACAUCUUCAAACCAAUUUGCACUGUAUUUAAACGACCUCCAACAAAGAAGAGCAUGAGAAUUAGACAAGCUGCGACCUGCGAUCCAGCUGAUCCAGCCGGCUACACGCAGACAAUCUGUUGUAACACCGGCACAGGCACAUGUGAUGCCGCUCCCACAUGUGCAGCAGCCGAUGAUACCUAUUGCUGCAAUAUUGCCGAUCCAGCAAAUCCGUUGUGUGUCCUGAUUUCGGGAAGUGGUGGCACAACGACGACAGCCAGUAACUCCGCUGAGGCGUCUUCAGUGACUGGUUCAGAUUCGGGGUCUGCUAGUGCGACUGAAUCUGCCUCUACAACUGACACUGGAUCCGCCUCUGCGACUGACACUGGAUCCGCCUCUGCGACUGGCACUGAAUCUGCGUCUGCGAGUGUUACUGACACUGCGACUGCAACCAGUAACUCUGCCACCGACACUGGUACGCUGACUACUUCAGCUGCAGCAACGACCUAG